GCUAUUACUAUACGGUAUUGCGCCAGUAGUCCAGCAAGACUGUUGACCCAGUUAAUGAAAUCAUAAUAGUAUAUUAUAUUAUUAUCAUCUACACCAUUCUACGCAUAACCAGUCACCGGCAUAACAUUUGCACGCGGGAUCAGCUUCUCAACAUGGACCGACAAGCGACAGCCCCGCGGUCAGCAUAUUUUGUCAUCGUGGUCUUACAGCUGAUGUCUGCGGCUUAUUCGGCCGAACGCGAGAACAACUCGACGGAUGUCAAUCGAGUAGUGCAAUUUAGUAAUAGCUUAGUGCCACCUUUGUUCGCCCACUAUUCGAGUAGCCGUGAAAAUCUCAUUCUGGCUCCUUUCGGGGUAGCUACCAACAUUGCCAUGAUGCUGGAGGGCCUACAAGGUCGAGCCGCGGACGAAGUCACCGCAUUGUUCCGGCUACAAGCCAAGGGUACAAGACCGCAACUCCGCAGAGGAUUUAGAAUCAUCUUAAACGCUUUUGGGAAUGAGUCGGAAGGUGAUUUUGCUGGUUUCUACAAUAAGGCUUCUGUGACGAGCUCCCGGAUUAUGCCAUCUUCCUAUAUAAACAAACUUUCCAAAUAUUACCAAGCAAAUGUGACUACCACGCAGGGCCGGAAUUCUAAUCAAACCUCUGCUGAUAUAUUGGAAUUGCGUAGCGAUACGGGACUCAUUAGCCACUGGAAAGAUUAUCAAAAACUAGCUACAUAUACGUACGUAUCUUACUUAUCAUCAGCUCCUUUUACCACAGCCAAUGGUUCGACUAUUCACGUACCUAUGAUUCCGCAAGUUGGACGUUACAAAAUUGGCUACGUCCCCCAACUAAAAUGUUUAGCUGCUGAACUCAUGUUCGAGACGACCAAGGUGAGUAUGCUGAUUAUGAUGCCUGAUGAUCUUAACGGUUCUGAGUUACUAAUGGAACGGUUAGCAAAAGACAAUUUCCUAGAUAUCUUGAGCUCGUUGGACUAUCAAGAAACACAGGUAUUAGUACCACAACUUGCAGUGUUUACUAAUGCUAUGGACUUGGAACCGUUCUUUAAAAAAUUAGGUGUCAAAAUGGCAUUUAAUCAGACAGCAUUUGAUACACUUACAACAAAUAGCAGUAUCAACAACCAAUCUGCAGCAAGUGCACCCAAAGUCAACAAUCCUAAGUUACCUACAACCACGUUGGUUUCGAUGAAACAAAAUGCGUAUUUUUCAAUGUCAUUCAUCACAAUAAACUCAGUUGGUUCUGUGGGCACUAAAAUGGGUGUUCGGUCCAAUGUCAAUAGACAAACACGUGAUGUAACUUCUAGAGUGAUGUUCGACAGGCCAUUUGUAUUUUUCAUUUUUAAUAAGGAAACAGGAUUGAUUCUUUUGGCUGGUAAAAUCACUAAUCCUACACAAGUACCAUCUUAAUUCCUAAAUCAAACAUAAUAUAAUUGUUUGAGUAUUCUCAUACUUAUAGAUAUAGUGAUAAUAUUUUGUACAUAUAUUUUUUAAUACAUAAAAUAAACGAACGUAUUUUUUUUUUAUA